AUGAAUCGAAACCUCGAAAGGCAGUUUGAACACUUCAAAUACAGACUAACAAGCACACAUAAAUACCACCGCCUGGAUCAGCGAAUAAACAUCAACAAACGGAAGUUGCUACUCGUUUCAGGGUGCGCAGCGAUAGUCGUAGUAGCCACUGCAUUAGGAUUGUACUUCGGCCUUAAAAAUAGGAAAAGCGAUGUAUCAGACGAAAAGCGGAUACUUAGCGGUGGUGCCGUGACUUCAAACGGCAUUGAAUGCGCAGAAAUAGGUACCAAUAUCCUGAUGCUCAAUGGAUCUGCUGUUGAUGCCGCCAUUGCAGUAUUAUUCUGCGAAGGUGUAACCUGUCUACAAAGUGCCGGUAUUGGAGGAGGUUUUUUUGCUACGAUCUAUGACCGAAGCACUAGAACAGUCCAAACGUUAGAUGCACGGGAAACGGCGCCGGCCGCAGCUACGAAAAACAUGUACGUCAACAACCCAAAUGCUGCAAUCGAGGGAGGGCUUGCUGUAGCAGUACCAGGUGAAAUAAAAGGUUAUUGGGCUAUGCAUCAAAGGUAUGGAAAGCUAGACUGGAAAUCGUUGAUUCAGCCAACGAUCGACUUGUGCCGUGAGGGCCAUUUGGUUUCGGGUUACCUGGACCGUAUUAUCAAACCCCGCCAACAGAAAAUCUACAGCAUACCUUCGCUACGAGAGAUCUUAAUCAACCCAGCUACCAAUGAGACCUGGAGAGAAGGCGAACGCAUCAAAAGACUUGCUCUAGCAGAUAGUUUAGAAAUAAUAGCUAAUGAAGGAGCCGAUGCUCUGUAUAGCCGAAAUGGUACAUUGCUACCGAAGCUAAUGCGCGAUCUCAAAUUAUUUGGCAGUAUUUUAACGGAAAACGACUUUUAUAAUUAUGAACCACGAUGGCUACCACCAGCAGCUACCGAAUUGAAAAACGGCAACCAUGUAUACUCUAUGCCACUACCGGGUAGUGGACACGUGUUGAAUUACAUGCUCAACAUCAUUGACGGCUAUGAUCAGAUGGAUGUAGAGGAUCCUCUUACGUGGCAUCGAAUUGUGGAAGCAUUCAAGCAUGGAUACGGGCUCCGUACCCUGCUAGGUGAUCCACCAUUUGUACCAGGUAUUGAAGAGUCUCUGAGAAAAUUGACUAAUUUAAACUAUGCUGCCUUCAUCCGUGACGGAAUCCUCGACAAUAGGACUUUCUCAGAAUAUGAACAUUACGGUGCAGUUUUUGCCAACGAGGUUGAUCAUGGAACAGCACACAUAUCCAUUCUGGCGCCCAAUGGAGACGCCGUGGCUGCCACCAGUACAGUCAAUUAUGUAAAUCCGUAUCGCAAGAAGACUAUUAUCAUCGCCUUUGCUCUAGCGCUGUUACUCAUCUCACUGGGUGGGAGUUUAUACUACGGACUGAACAGACGUGACUCACAGCAGGUUCACACUGACCGGCACGAGGGAGCCGUAGUAGCCAAUGGGCACGAAUGUGCAGCAAUUGGAGCGCAAAUUCUUCGAAUGAAUGGAACGGCAGCCGAUGCCACCAUAGCAACUCUCUUCUGUGAAGGGGUGACCUGUCCUCAGAGUAUGGGCAUAGGAGGAGGUUUUCUGCUGACGAUAUACGAUCGGGCAAAUGAUCGAGUUGAAACAUUGAAUGCCAGAGAAACUGCUCCAGCAGCUGCAACUGAGGAUAUGAUGAUAAAUAAAGACAAAUCUACCAAAGACGAACGAGGUCUUUUGAUAGCAAUACCGGGUGAACUGAAAGGAUACUGGGUUCUGCAUCAAAAGUAUGGAAAAUUGGAUUGGAAAACGUUGGUACAACCAACUAUCGAUUUGUGUCGAAAGGGCCACAUGGUAACUGGUUAUUUGGAAAGAAUAUUAGGGAGGACACGCAGCAAAAUUCAUGCCGAACGAUCACUAAGUGAGAUAUUCAUCAAUCCGGUAACAAACGAUACGUGGAAAGAAGGUGACUACAUCAAACGAUUAGCUCUGGCAGAUAGUUUAGAAAUCAUUGCAAAUGAAGGUGUACAUUCCUUGUACAGCAAAAAUGGAACUCUUUUGCCAAAGCUUAUGAAAGAUUUAAAAGGAGUUGACAGCAUUUUAACAGAAGAAGAUUUUUAUAACUAUGAACCAAAAUGGGAAUCACCUUCAAUGGUAAAGGUUCGCGGUGAAUACCAAGUGCACUCGUUUCCACUGCCAGGAAGUGGAACACUGCUGAACUUUAUGCUGAAUGUUUUAGACGGAUACAAUGAUCUGAAUCUGACAGAUUCCCUUACCUGGCACAGAGUCGUAGAGAGUUUCAAAUUUGGAUAUGGCCUUCGCACCAGAGUUGGAGAUCCACCUUUCCUCACGGAAGCUCAUGGUUUGUUGGGAAAUUUGUCCAGUCCCAGUUAUGCAGCCUACAUCCGUAGUCUAAUUCAUGAUGAUCAAACAUAUGAUAAAUUCGCUCACUAUGGAGCAGAAUUCGCCAAUUCAGAAGAUCAAGGAACAGCACACGUUUGCGUUCUUGCCGCCAAUGGAGAUGCGGUGUCUGCAACUAGUACCAUAAACUAUUUAUUGGGAGCAAAAAUCCGUUCUCGCUCAACAGGAAUCAUUCUCAAUGACGAAAUGGACGACUUUUCCUCACCCGAUACAAUCAAUACCUACGGUCUACCACCAUCUCCGGCAAAUUUUAUCGUUCCUGGGAAGCGUCCUCUCUCCUCCAUGAGCCCAACAAUAGUAACGAACAAGGAUUCUGGAGUUCAGAUGGUGGUUGGUGGAGCAGGAGGAUCACGAAUCACUACUGCCACCGUUACGCUUCUCCUUCGGUACUUAUUCUUUGGAGAAGAUCUUGACACUGUAAUGAAUGCCAAGCGUCUCCAUCAUCAACUGGCGCCAAUGUGGGUGGACUACGAAAUGGGCUUUGAUGAAGCGAUCCUAGAAGGAUUGCGAAAGCGCGGUCAUGUUGUGAAGGAGAAGAAGCCGGAUGCAGGAUUUGCAGCGGCGACAGCCAUUGCCAAGAAUGCACACAACAAAAUAUCUGCAGCGUUCGAUUCGAGAAGGGGUGGAAGUGUAGAAAUAGUUACCUAGUCCACGAUACACUUUGCA